AUGACAUCUCCAAGUCAAGAGCCAUGGUCUCAACCACAACAUUUAAGUGAGUAUUCUAUCGGUGGGACGUCAACUAAUAUAUUUAACGACGCUUCAGGUCAUGUUACGGGUUACCCACCAGUCGGAGCAAUUAUAGAAGAUGAAGCAGAUGAUGAUUCAGAUCAUUUUGAAGAAGAUGGCGUGCAAAUUGAUAGCAUGCAUGUGGCAGCUGGAAUCGAUGAUGACGCCCGUUGGAUGGAGCAAUUUAACGUUAACAAUGAUUAUGUGGAAGCUGAAGAUCCGUUGCCCGACGAGUUUCAUAAUGAGGAUUGGAUAAAUACUUCUCAAGCUGGAUUUGUUGAUGUUGGUCCAAAUUUACAACGACCCGAGGACUUCACUUUUAAAAAAGGGGAUCUAUUCGAGAGCAAGGAGGCACUGAUCUUUGCAAUCCGAGAAUGGUCCAUCAAGAAUCGGGUCAAAUUCAAGCCGGUAAAAACUAAUGCAACAAACUACAAUGUGAAAUGCUUCUUUAACGAUAAGAAUGAAGUAGAGAACGCAAAUGAGCAAGAUGAGAGAAAUAAAAAAUGUCCUUGGUUGCUAAAUGCCGCCGUGAGAAAAUCAUCAAAUGGGCAAUUUGUAAUAUGUAGAUAUUGCAGACUUCAUACAUGUUGCAACCCGUCGGUGGAUGUCGAUGAUUAUUCUGCAUCUUCUUUUUAUAUAUGUAAGCUAAUUAUGCCUGAAGUUAGAGAUGAACUUGAUCUGAAUGCAGGUCAGAUAUUUCAAAGGGUAUAUGACAUGCGAGGGAUUAAGAUAUCUAAAUAUAAGGCAUAUGAUGCAAGGCGGAAAGCGUUGUCUAAAAUUUUUGGAGAUUGGGAAAAAUCAUAUGAAUUACUUUCACAGUAUCUUGAAGCUAUCAAACGAAAUAAUCUGGGUACUGAAUACGAAAUAUUAUCCGAAGAGAUUGCACCGGGUAUGGAGAGGUUCACUCGCGUGUUUUGGGCAUUUGGUCCUGCUAUUAAGAGCUUCACUUUUUGUCGUCCGCUAUUGAGCAUUGAUGGUACACAUUUAUAUGGAAAGUACAAAGGCGUGCUUCUUGUAGCGACCGGUGUAGAUGCAAAUGGCGGGUUAUUUCCUCUAGCAUUUGCAGUCGUGGAGGUGGAGGAUACGUCUAGUUGGAAGUGGUUUUUUGAACUUAUAUACAAGUGGAUUCCAAGUGUCCGUGAGCCAAGAAUAAUUACCUUUAUUUCAGAUAGGAUGAAAGGAAUUAUAAGGGCGUUACAUGAUGGUUUUAGUGCACCACAUCACCAUCGAUAUUGUUUAAGGCAUAUAAGAGAUAAUUUCAAGAAAAAACACACAUCACCAUCGAUAUUGUUUAAGGCAUAUAAGAGAUAA